AUGGAUUCCGCCGAAGUGACGGAGCCCAUGACGGCCGCGUGGGCCCACUACGUUAACUCCAACAAUCUCCUGAACGAGCUUCGCGGACUGUCCAAGACUUAUCCUUUCAGUUCCGAGUGUCUGGACGAAGCGAAGGCCCUGGUGGUGCGCGAUCCAGGCAGCGUCCGCAGCUGGAACUACUGCUGGCUAGUUCUGGUCAAAAUCGAGAAAGAAAACCUUCUGACGAAACAUGCACGCGCUCUGGCAUUCAAGGCUAGUACUUGGGGAGGAAAGAGGCCGACCCAGGCCGAGUCCGACCGGCUCGUCAAUGCUUGUGUGGUGGAAUGGACUCGAGCGCUCAGGCAGAUGCUCCGCCACUGGGAUAAGCCGCCUAGUACGACUGGCGCGUGA